AUGCGAAUAAGAAAAGAGUUAGAAAGAUUUUGUGUAAUUCCAUUACUUAAAAUUAAUAAAAUAUCACUAUUAAGAACAAUAUCAAAUCGUAGUAUAAGUAAUAACAGUAGUGUAAACAUUAUCAGCAAUGGAAGAACAUCUAAUAAAAAACCUAAUAUUAUUAUUAUUAAUUCAAUUAAUGGUGGAAAUAUAAUUUAUCCACCAUCACUAAAGCUUAUUACAAAUACUACUACAAGAUCUUAUUCUUCUGCUACAAAUAAAUCAUCUUUUGAUAAGCGUAAUAUUUCCAGGCAAUUCACGUGGCAAAGUUUUGCAGUAUUCAUUGCGACUGGAAUUGGUUUAUUUUUUUAUUUCAAAUCUGAGAAAGAAAAAAUGGUGCAAAAAAAGAAUGAAGCAAAAGAAAAUAGAAACAUUGGUAGUCCUAAAAUAGGUGGACCAUUUGAAUUAUUAAAUCAAGAUGGAAAAGUUGUUACUGAUAAAGAUUUUCUGGGAAAAUAUAUUUUGGUUUAUUUUGGUUUCACUCAUUGUCCUGACGUUUGUCCUGAAGAGUUGGAUAAAAUGACUGAAGUUACUGAUGCCAUUAGGAAUGAUCCAGAAUUAAAAGGGAUUGUCAUAACACCUAUUUUCAUAUCAUGUGAUCCACAUCGUGAUACAGUUGAAGUUGUUCGGGAAUACCUUAAAGAUUUUCAUAAAGACAUGGUAGGCUUAACAGGAUCAUUUGAGAAGAUAUCCAAGGUGGCAAAAGCAUAUCGUGUCUACUUUAGUAAACCACCAAAUGUUAAAGAAGGUGAACAAUACCUAGUUGAUCAUUCGAUAUUUUUUUAUUUGAUGAAUCCUAAUGGUGAAUUUGUUGAUGCUUAUGGUAAGAGUACGAGUGCUAAAGAGGUUUACAACAGUGUCAAAAAUCAUAUUAAAGAUUUUACAAAUUCAAGUACACCUAUUCCAAAUGCUAAGUAA